AUGUGGUCUCGAUGUCUCGGGGCCUUGCGUGCACAUGAGCAUCGAUAUCUCCUGACCACCCCUGCAUUUGCUCAGACCGUCCGAUUCUCUUCUGGUACAACCACGACCAUGGGCGCAAUUGGGACUCGCACUGUCGACACUACCGAGCGGCUGGCAAAGCUACGAGAGCUGUUGAAGAAGCCGGAGAACAACGUCAAGGCUUUCGUCGUUCCUAGCGAGGACCAGCACUUUAGCGAAUAUCCCGCACACUCGGACGAGCGUAGGGGAUUUAUUUCAGGCUUCAAUGGUUCAGCCGGGUGUGCUAUCAUCACCCUCAGGGAUGCUUACCUCUUCACAGAUGGGAGGUACUUCUUGCAAGCCUCCCAGCAGCUUGAUAGCAACUGGAAGCUUAUGAAACAGGGCCUGCCAGAGGUGCCUACUUGGCAGGAUUUUCUCUCUAAACACCUCGAGCAAGGAACUCGAAUUGGCAUCGAUCCGACAUUGAUUUCAGCUGUGGAUGCCGAAAGCCUCAAGGAAUCUCUUGAGCCUAGGGGUUCUGAACUUGUAUCUCUCCAGCAAAAUCCUGUCGACGUCGUCUGGGGCAAGGACCGACCCACACGUCCUCAGAACAGUGUCUUCCCUUUGGACGUCAAAUACGCCGCAGGAGAGACAUCCCAGAGCAAGUUGAAGCGCUUACGUGAAGAGAUCACGAAGAAAAAUGCCGUUGCUUCGGUCGUUACGCUUCUUGACGAAGUCGCAUGGCUUUUCAACCUUCGUGGUACAGAUAUCGACUUCAACCCCGUCUUCUUUGCGUAUGCUGUCGUGACCCCAACGGAGGCAUUGCUCUUCAUCAAUGGCGCACAACUUCAAGACAGUGUCAAGACGUUCUUGGGCUCUGAUGUUGAGAUUCGUUCAUAUGAAUCUUUCCUGCCAUCUUUGAAGCAACUCACUACGUCACUUGGAGCCAGCAAAGAGAAACCCAUGUUACUGGGAGAUAAGACUAGUCUCGCUGUGGUUGAAGCAAUUGGACAAGACAAUGCUUCUCUCGUCCCGUCACCUGUAGCUGCCAUGAAGGCGAUAAAGAACGAGACAGAGAUCGAGGGCUUCCGACAAUGUCACAUCCGUGACGGUGCCGCCCUAACCCGUUACUUCGCCUGGUUGGAGGAACAACUCAAUAGCGGUGUUGAACUGAACGAAAGUCAAGCCGCAGAUAAGCUCGAAGAAUUCAGAUCUGAACUUCAAUUGUUCCGCGGAUUAUCAUUCACAACAAUUUCAUCUACUGGACCCAAUGCUGCCAUCAUACAUUAUUCACCGGAACGUGAUAACUGCGCGAUCAUCAAAAAGGAUCAGGUGUAUUUAUGUGAUUCUGGAGGGCAAUAUCUUGACGGAACGACUGAUGUAACACGGACAUUGCAUUUUGGCACUCCUACUGAGGAGGAGAAACGAGCUUUCACGCGUGUUUUGCAAGGUCAUAUCUCAAUCGAUACGGCUGUUUUCCCAACCGGCACGUCAGGUUACAUUAUUGACUCAUUUGCGAGACGAGCUCUAUGGCAAGAGGGAUGGGUCGUCGUUACAAUGAUGCUCGAUUGUAGGCAUGGAACCGGCCAUGGCGUAGGUCACUUCCUGAACGUUCAUGAAGGCCCGCACGGCAUCGGCACCCGCAUAGCGUACAACAGCACCUCUUUGAAAGCGGGCAUGACCGUGUCGAAUGAACCGGGCUACUACUCCGACGGAUGUUACGGGAUCCGCAUCGAGAGCAUCGUUAUCGUUCGAGAGGCUAAAACACCAAACAACUUUGGGAAUGGGUACCUUUGUUUUGAACGUGUGACGAUGUGUCCUAUUCAAACGAAGAUGAUUGAUUUCUCAGUGCUGACUGCGCAGGAAAGGGAGUGGCUCAAUGCCUAUCAUGCGGAGACGCUGGAGAAAGUAGGACCUUUGCUCCGCAACGACCCGCGUGCUCUUCAGUGGCUAGAACGAGAGUGCUCUCCUGUGUAG